UUGGGUGUAGGAGGUUGUGCGUGUGCUUGUGUGUGUAUGUAGUAUGUGCAUGUGUAUGUGUUGGGUGCGUGUAUGUAUGCGUGUAUGUGGCGUGGUGAGCAAGGCCCCUGGGAGUAAGCGAGGGGGCGGGGCCCCAUGAACUGGGCGUACGCAUGCGCGCAUGCGCGCACGCGGCCGGGCCGGGCUGGGCUGGUCUGCUCGGGGAGGGGGCGGCCGUGGCGGCGACGUUAUUUCCGAGGUCGGCAGCAGCAGCGGCGGUACAGUGCGCGGCGGCAGGGGCGCCGCCGAACUAGUCGGUAAAAUGGUUAUGAAAGCUUCUGUAGAAGAUGAUGAUUCAGGGUGGGAGCUCAGUAUACCUGAAAAGAUGGAAAAGAACAGCACAAGUACAAAUUGGGUAGACAUAACUCAAGAUUUUGAAGAGGCUUGUCGAGAAUUGAAAUUGGGAGAACUGCUUCAUGACAAACUCUUUGGUCUUUUUGAAGCUAUGUCUGCCAUUGAAAUGAUGGAUCCCAAGAUGGAUGCUGGCAUGAUUGGAAACCAAGUUAAUCGGAAAGUUCUCAAUUUUGAGCAAGCUAUCAAGGAUGGCACCAUAAAAAUUAAAGACCUAACUUUACCGGAGUUGAUAGGGAUUAUGGAUACAUGUUUUUGUUGCUUGAUAACUUGGUUAGAAGGUCAUUCGUUGGCACAGACAGUGUUUACUUGUCUUUACAUCCAUAAUCCAGACUUCAUAGAAGAUCCUGCUAUGAAAGCUUUUGCUCUGGGUAUCCUGAAAAUCUGUGACAUUGCAAGGGAAAAAGUAAAUAAAGCUGCUGUUUUUGAAGAGGAAGAUUUUCAGUCAAUGACUUAUGGAUUUAAAAUGGCAAAUAGUGUGACAGAUCUUCGAGUUACCGGCAUGCUAAAAGAUGUAGAAGAUGACAUGCAAAGAAGAGUAAAGAGCACUCGAAGUCGACAAGGAGAAGAAAGAGAUCCAGAAGUUGAACUUGAACAUCAGCAAUGUUUAGCUGUAUUUAGCAGAGUGAAAUUUACUCGAGUGCUACUGACAGUUCUCAUCGCUUUUACUAAAAAAGAGACAAGUGCUGUUGCAGAAGCUCAGAAACUGAUGAUUCAAGCAGCAGAUCUUCUAUCCGCAAUUCACAAUUCAUUACAUCAUGGGAUCCAGGCACAGAAUGACACUACAAAAGGAGAUCAUCCUAUUAUGAUGGGUUUUGAGCCUCUUGUUAACCAGAGAUUGCUUCCUCCUACCUUCCCUCGAUAUGCAAAAAUAAUCAAAAGGGAAGAAAUGGUCAACUAUUUUGCAAAACUUAUAGAUAGAAUAAAAACUGUCUGUGAAGUUGUCAAUCUAACAAAUUUACACUGUAUCCUGGAUUUUUUCUGUGAAUUUAGUGAGCAGUCACCCUGUGUUCUUUCAAGAUCCCUCCUACAAACUACUUUUCUAGUGGAUAACAAAAAGGUCUUUGGGACCCAUCUCAUGCAAGACAUGGUGAAAGAUGCUCUUCGGUCAUUUGUCAGUCCUCCGGUGCUGUCCCCUAAGUGCUGUCUGUAUAAUAAUCACCAGGCUAAGGACUGUAUUGACUCCUUUGUUACUCACUGUGUUCGGCCAUUCUGUAGUCUUAUUCAGAUCCAUGGGCAUAACAGGGCUCGUCAGAGAGAUAAACUGGGUCAUAUUCUUGAGGAAUUUGCUACCUUGCAGGACGAGGCAGAGAAAGUUGAUGCUGCGCUUCACAGUAUGUUGUUGAAACAGGAACCUCAGAGACAACAUUUGGCCUGUUUAGGUACCUGGGUCCUUUAUCAUAACCUUCGAAUUAUGAUACAGUAUCUUCUAAGUGGCUUUGAAUUGGAACUGUACAGUAUGCAUGAAUACUACUACAUAUAUUGGUAUCUGUCUGAAUUUCUUUAUGCCUGGUUGAUGUCAACAUUGAGUCGUGCUGAUAGCUCACAAAUGGCAGAGGAAAGAAUAAUGGAAGAGCAGCAAAAAGGUCGUAGUAGUAAAAAAACAAAGAAAAAGAAGAAAGUUCGCCCAUUGAGCCGAGAAAUCACCAUGAGUCAAGCGUAUCAGAACAUGUGUGCUGGAAUGUAUAAGACCAUGAUAGCUUUUGACAUGGAUGGUAAAGUAAGAAAACCCAAAUUUGAGUUGGAUAGUGAACAGGUUCGAUAUGAACACAGAUUUGCUCCAUUCAACAGUGUUAUCACACCACCCCCAGUGCACUAUUUGCAAUUCAAGGAAAUGUCUGACCUUAAUAAAUACAGUCCACCUCCUCAGUCUGCUGACCUAUAUAUGGCAGCUAGUAAACACUUUCAACAGGCAAAAAUGAUACUGGAGAACAUCCCAAAUCCAGACCAUGAGGUCAGUCGAAUUCUAAAAGUUGCCAAACCUAACAUUGUGGUCAUGAAGUUGUUGGCAGGAGGGCACAAGAAGGAAUCUAAGGUUCCCCCUGAGUUUGACUUCACUGCUCACAAAUACUUUCCAGUUGUGAAACUUGUUUGAAAGGGAUUUUAAAAACUGACCCUAAAGAGGUA